AUGAAAAUUGGUGUUGUUUCACAGGGAUCAGGUUCAUCUUAUGUAGAAAUGGAAAAUACAAAAGUUUUAUGUACAAUACAUGGACCACGUGCAACACAAAAGACAGAAUUAUUUGAAACAGCUAAAUUAAAUUGUGAAUUAAAGUAUACAACAUUUUCAAGUACAACGGAAAAGAUUGAUUAUGUGGAGAAUAGUAAAGAAAAAGAUUUAAGUUUAUUGAUAAGUCAAUCGAUAAUCGGGUCUAUCAGGUUGGAGAAAUAUCCAAAGACCGCUAUCGACAUUUACAUAUUGGUAUUGAAUGAUGAUGGUAACGUGUUGGUGGCAUCUAUCACUGCUGCAACUAUGGCAUUGGCAGACGCAGGUGUGGAAAUGUUUGAUAUGGUUUCAUCAUGUUCGGUAUCCUGUACAAAAGAUAACAGAACAUUAAUUGAUCCUACCACUCUCGAAGAAACCAUACCAAGCUCAUCAACUGUUUUAGUCGCAAAAAUGCCAUCACUAAAUGAAAUCACUCAAAUCAUUCAAACUGGUGAAUUACAAUAUACAAAUGUUUUAGAAUGUGUUGAUCUUUGUAUUGAUGGUUGUGAUAAAAUUUAUUCAAUUAUGAAACAAAAUUUAAUAGAUUCAUUAUUACAAAAACAACAACAACAAAAAUAA